ACCAGUACCAGUUCAAGCACUGAUUUUUUCACUGAAGGUCUCCAAUUUUGCCGGAGGUGUGCACGGACAUCAAGCGAUCGUUUCUUUCUUGCCGCUAGUCACUACGGUAGAUCAUGGAGCUCUUCCAUGGUCGACCUGAACAACGCCAUUUGCUGCUUACUCAGCAUCAGUGAUCCGCGCGCAUGCGCCAGGCAGGGGCGUUGUCCAAUGUGCUUGCGAGCGUAUUCUACCGGGCGAGUUGGCAGACCUGCAGAGGAACUGUCAGCCUCCAGUACCUUCUGUAAGUUGUAGCCUGAUUACCAAAGCCUGCCAAUGAAACCACAACCAUGUGCAAUAAUCUAAUUACAUCCUUGUUGAAGACAAUACGGUAUCUAGCAGCCCCAUUAGCUACUACUUUCAACAGUUACUAUGGUAGCCUAUCUACAAAUGAACAUCAGAGUGACUGUAACAAUAAAUGCAGUGUUGCCAUAAGCUGUUAAAAAUAGUG